AAUUUAAAAAACAAGCAAAAAGUCAUUCACUACAAAGAUGAACCUCACAGCUAAGGACAAGGACACAGUCAGGACUUUCUGGGCCAAAAUAGCAACCAAUGCUGAAGACAUCGACACAGAUGCUCUUUCCAGGAUGCUGGUGUUUUACCCACAGACCAAGACCUACUUCUCCCACUGGAAGGACCUGAGCCCCGGCUCUGCUCUGGUGAAGAAACACGGGGCCACGGUGAUGGCUGGAGUUGCUGACGCUGUGGCUAAAAUUGAUGAUCUGAGAGCAGGUCUGCUUAGCCUCGGUGAGCUGCAUGCCUUCACUCUGAGAGUGGAUCCGGCAAACUUCAAGGUCCUCUCCCACAACAUCCUUGUGGUUUUGGCCAUCAUGUUCCCCAACGACUUCACCCCUGAGGUCCAUGUGGCCAUGGACAAGUUCCUGUCUGCUGUGGCUUUGGCUCUGUCCGAGAAGUACAGAUGA